CGAACUUCGGAACACUAGCUGUCUUGAAGUUCUUGACAAUGAACUGGCUAGUUUCGUUUUCUCUGGCGCAGAUCACCGCUACCUCUGCUGUACUAGGUUUUAUUCUUGUCAUCCUCACGAUUUUGAAGGGAUUGUUCCCAUAUCGAGAGCAUAUUCGGCAGUUUUUCGAAGACAGAGGGACAUUUCUGAAGCUCGCGGAGACACUUCCGGGUCCACCGACACUACCGCUCAUCGGAAAUGCCUUCGCCAUCAGGGACGGCGACAGGGCCAUUUUUACUCUGUCUAAAAUUAGUCGGGAAAUGAAUGGAGUGACGUUUAGGUUUUGGGUGGGACCUCUCCUAAAAGUUGUGGUUCCUGAUCCUCAGGAUAUACAGAUUCUUAUUACAUCCUCAAAAGCCGCUAAUAAGGAUGAUAUCUACAAGUUGAUGGAGCCUGGUAUAGUUGGCGCUCUCAUAAAUGCUAAUGGUGCUAUUUACAAAGCUCACAAAAAAUUGAUACAACCCAUGCUCAACGGUAGUCUGGUGAUAGAUAGAUUCACAAAAUUAUUCAAUCUGAAGUCUCAGGCACUCGUCAAACAACUCGAGGCGAAAGUCGGUGCGGGAGAAUUCGAUGCUCUUGAUUACCUUCCCUUCUGCAUUGGCGAUAUCACCUUUGAAACAUUACUUGGACGUUCGGCACUCCUAGAUAACGGAGAAGUGACUCCAUUUCUCAAAGAAACCCAAACGUAUUACUACGGCCAUAACUAA